ACCCUCCACCCGUUCACCUGAUGACCUUCACCCCACACCCAGCUUAUAAAACAGUCACGUGGGUAGUUACACAACAUACCCACUCGAGAGUUUAGUCUAUAAAAGAACAGUUUGUAUUCACCUUGCGCAUUCUCUUCCACAAAAGCAGUUUUACGGAGACUUGGAGUCGACCUGUGGACACAAUGGGCCCCCAACUGAUCAUCUUUGCCUGCCUUCUGGCUGUAACAGCUGCCCAGGUAACCGGCUUCGGAGCGUGUCCCCCGGUGGUCUCCCAAAGUAAACUGAAUGCCAGUCAGUAUCUUGGCGACUGGUACGAGAUCUUUGUGUUCCCAAACACCUUCGAGGCGGGUAAAUGUAUUCGCGCCCGCUACUCCCUAAAGGACAAUGGCCGCAUUCGAGUCUUCAAUCGCCAGAUCGAGAAUGGCGUCGAGAAGCAGGCCAUUGGCGAAGCCUUCAUCUCAGACCCAUCCAAGCCUGCACAAUUGUCUGUUAGGUUCACCGAAAGCUCGCCGUACGCGCCCUACUGGGUGGUGGACACCGACUACAAGACCUACUCCCUGAUCUACUCCUGUCAGUCCAUCCUGGGGCUGGCCCGCUUCGAGUUCGCGUGGAUCCUGUCCCGCAACAUGACCCUGCGAGCGUCUAUCGCCGACGGUCUGAAGGGGAAGCUGACUGCCUUCGGCGUCGACGUCCGACACUUUGUCCAGACUGACCAGUCUGGCUGCCCCCCUUAAUCACGUGAUAAGGAUGAAACUUUCUCUUGACUAUAACCUUUUAGUUUUUAUACAGUCAAAUAUGUCUGGUUGAUUGCGUAUGGGUGAGGGUAGGAGGUAGGUGAUGUUGUCCAAAACAUGCAGGACAAAUAAACACACAUUUUGUACCUUCUGAAGCGAAUUAAACACCAGAAAGUUGUUUUA